AUGACCCAACAGCAACUCAAUCUCUCUCCCAAAGCGCUCGUGGCCCUGUUACAGGCCCUCAAUGCCCUGAACCUGACAACGGGUUCUGAUACUGCUGCGAUGUCCACGACGCCCUCCUCCAACAGAGCCAGCACCAGCACCACCGUCCCAGCCAGUGACGAUGGUACUGCGUCUGCUCCCUCCUCUGAGGUAGCGGCCUCUGCUCCUGCCACGUCUCCUGCUCCUGCCCCUCCCACACCAGCACCGUCCGGUUGUAGCGUGACUGCUGCGACUGUCAAUGCUCGUCCUGUUGGAUCUGGAGCCCCCUUCAUCUUGCAUUCGCCUUUCACCAGGCUACCUCUCCCUGCCACGAUGCAGCCUGCGACUGCGACUGCGGUUGCGGUCGUGGCAGAGUCUUCUGUCGCUGAGUCCAGCGUUCGCCCUCCACCUGCCCAAGUCCACAGUGGUUUCCAUUGUUCAAAUUGCAGGGCAUUCAACCCCGCAGUCAGUCAAACCGGCAAAGCCUACUAUGUGGUGACCGCUGGCCAUGAGGUCGGCAUUUUUACGAGCUGGGAAAAGGUCCAGCCCCUUGUCUCUGGUGUCGCUCAUGCAUGCCAUAAGAAGUACCGGUCCCAGGCUGAUGCAGAGGAGGCCUUUGCUAAUGCCCUCACCGAAGGCAAGGUCCGAGUCCUUUGA